AUGGCUCUCGACGUCCCGGACACCGGGCUGUCUCUCUGGCGUGGAGACCAGUCCGGCGGCCUCUCUCCGGAUCCCCAUGCCAAACAGACCCAGAUCAUGCGCCUGAACCUCGCCCAGAACACCAUGGACGAGCUCGUGGAGAGCCUUCGCAACGACCAGAAAGCUCGAUUGCGCCUGGGCAAACACCAGACUCUCUACUACGGCUCGAAAUCCCAGCAAUUCCACUCCUACCUCGAACCUCACCGCUCCGAAUUGUACAAGACCACCUCCGCCGACCGAGAAAACCUGUACUUUUCCGGUGUGCUCAGUCACAGCCUCGAGGUCCAAAAAGCCAAGGAGGCUACUGCUGCCACCGACGAAGCCCUAGCCAACCUCGAACAGAGUCUAAGUGCUUUUGAACGGGGCAAGGAAUCUAAAAGGACCCAGCUGGUCAACCUCAAACCGGACGAUCGACGAUCCCAUUCCAGGGCCCCUCUCAGCAAAAUAGAUUUGGACAAGGAACGUUUCUUCAAAAACCGCUCUAUUUCUGGCAGCCCGUCCCUGGGUGCUAUGCGAUCUCCAGCGUCUCUGCCUGCCCUCACUCCCACCUCGGUCCCACCUUCGCAGAAUAAACGCAAGAUACGACUUGAGGCCCUGAAGACACCGUUCAUACAUCUCCUCGCAGUCACUCCAGUCUCUGUCAAGUACCUCGCUCAAACGACUCGCUCGUCACAGGAAGACUGCCUUGAACUAGCCAGGAAGUACGGAGUUGAGAAUCGAAUCGAUCCAUCCAAGUUCAAUCUGAAGGAUAAGUGCUACAAGGAAUUGGAUAUCUGGAACUUCCCAUACCCAAAUGAUUCUGACCGCGCCUCGGCAAUUGAGAAUGCCAUCUCAGCCUUUGACCGACAACGCAUCUCCCCGUCAGAUAAGUUGUGGCAGAUGCUGAAUUCGAAAGAGGAGCGAACCAAAGGGGUAUGCAAAUCGAGACUCAAGCUUCAGACCGGACCUCCACCACCGCCACCUCACAUCAAAGUGCACGCAUCUGAGGAAGCAGGGAAAGAAGACUACCUGACAGGCAACGAGACUGAUCGGACUAACGGCCGAUUGACUCCGACUACUACUGUUACAACACCAGCAGAUCACACAGCAGCAAAGCCUGCAUCUAAGAAAAUGGCCACCACUACCAAAGCCAAAAAUUCUACACUGACAGGGCGCGUGACAAAGAAGGCCGACAAAAAGCCCCCGGCAAAGCCUACCGGCAAGUUUAAGUCAGCGGAGUUUGUUCAUGAUUCAGACGAAGAUAUAGACAUUCCCGAUGCACCACCCGCUUCUCCUCCACCACCAGCCAAGAAGCCCCCGAGCUCGACGGAAACAAGCAAAGCUCCUCCGAAACCGCCUGCGACUUCAAAGACUAGUUCUGCAGCUCAUUCACCGGCAGUCAAGCCUCAGAUUACGUUGAAACCUCAACCGCGAACCAUCAAGACCAUUCCGGCAAAUACCAAUGGAACCGCUUCGAAGACAUUACCAGGAACCCGAACAACAAAACCCACAUCUCCAGUUAAACCGUCUCCAUUGGCAUCUUCUCCCCCGACCAAUGCCUCUGAUUUUGAGAACUCCACUCAUAAAUCUGGGCAGACUAGUUCUUCUAGUUCGUCACCACUCAUGGCACAAAUGGCGAAACAACCAAAAGCAAAGCCCGCCGUUGCCCCCAAACCCAAACCGACGGUGAAGCAAAAUGGCACGGCCAAGCCCGCGAUGGAGCAGACAAAUCCAUUGAAACGGAAAGUUGCGCCCGAGCCCACAACUACAGGGCGUAUGAACCGACAUGGCGAUGAUAUCAAACGCCGACGACCACCGGUUCAGUCCAUGUCACCGAGUGGCACGAGUUCUGGUAGUGCGUCACCACCGCUCAAUCGGGAACAUCUUCGACAGCAGCUGCAGCAGAAAUCGAUGGAUUUUAAGAGGCUCUAUUCUAAAUACCGCAAUCUCCACGAUUCGCUGGUGAACCAGAUGGCGCCGACGCCUUCAGAUCUCUCGCGCUUGAAACAAAUGCAUACCAAGGUGCAACGGAUGAAGAAGGAAAUAUGGGAUGAGGACCGACGGCUUCGGGUUUAA